GGGGGGGGCAAACAGGACGAAGAGGAUAUAAGGCUCUCAACGGCCGCGCAGGCGUCCUGAGAGCGCCCCAUCUCUUUCAAGGCCGGCCGGGUCCCCUCUUCGCUUCUCCAUGGUUGGGGCCUGAAGGACCUUUUGUGCCUUUUCCUCCUCCUCCUCCCGCGCCGCGGUGGGGCAGUAACUUGCUCUUCUCCUGCUGUGUCUGGAGAAGGUUCCCUUCAGAGCUUCAUGCAGCACUCUCCAUCUGUUGGCUUAUGAGGUCAUCAAUCCAAACUAGGCUUCUGCGCUCCUUUUUGACAGAUGCACCGCAAGAGCCCUCAGAGGUUCUGUGAAGAUGGUUGUUCCUGGGAGUGCUCCUGUAAUUCAAUCCGACCAUAGUCUUGGAACAGACCUGGGCAGAGGCUCAACAGAAGGCUCAGCAAUGGGUCCAGAUGCAGAACCACUGACUGAUCAAGUGGGCCCAGAACUGGAGGAGGUCCGGAAGCUGCAGGAACUUGUAAGAAGACUUGAGCUCCAGAAUCAGCAGUUGAGAACUAGAAGCCUCCGAAGUGUGCCAGAGGCAAAAUUGCUGAGCCAGGCUGAUGCUGGAGUGGAUAAUUGCAAUUCCAGGCUCAACGGAAUGGAAAUGAAUAAUAGCAUCAACGCUUUGAUGGAUAAGCAAGAGCUGCAGAUAGUGGCAGACCUGCACUCAGCACUAAGUAAAAUGAAGUCAGAAGCAGAAGAGAGGGAAGAAUGUUUGAAAAAAGAUAUAGAGGCCACAGUGCAGCAUAGCUGUGCGACUGCUCUUGGGAAAGAGUCUUCCAACGCACAGUUUGUGAGCAGUACAAAAAAGAGCAGUGAUGGUAAUACCAGUGGCUUAUCCAGUUGGGACUGUGGCAGCAGCAGAAGUGUUGAGCCAAUACUGAGGAUGAAUGAAGAGACUACAGAUGUAGAAGACCUUUUGAACGAGAGUGCUCUGGAUGAGGUAGAAGUGCUAGAGCUUGAGAGUGGGACUGAUGAAGAGGACAGCUGGCUGUAUGUCUCACCAAGAAAGUCAUCUAUAGAUGAAAAGGAAUCUCCCCUGAAAUGGUGCAGGCAGGUGCUAGAUCACCCAAGCCCUGAAACAGAAGCAGCCUGUCGUACCCUCAUCAACAGGCUUGACCAAGCCAGUAGAUGGAAAUCCCUGUAUUGCAGUCCACUGGCGUCUCCAAGUGUGCAUAACUUGAAUACAGACGCAGGGUCCUGUAGUAAUGCAUUAAACUCUCCUGGGCACUACAAAUCAACUAACAAACCGCUACUAACCUGUGGCAGCUCAGGUUAUUUGAGUAUGCAUUCAGCAUUAAGCUCCCAGUCCUCCGUUGAAAGUGAACUCAGUACAUCAGAUGACUCCAUAUCAAUGGGAUACAAACUGCAGGAUUUGACCGAUGUCCAGGUUAUGGCCCGCCUACAGGAAGAAAGUCUCCGUCAAGACUGUGCUUCCAGCUCAGCCUCCGUUUCUCGCCGCAGCUCCAGUGCCUCCUUGCAUUCUUUGCGCAGAGGCACCUACAGUGACCAGGACUUUGACACAUACAGUCUGGAUGACGAAGAUGACGACUGUUCCCUUUCCUAUCACAGCAGCCACAGAUAUUCUCCAUCCCCCCUCAGCUCUCCACGGUGCCAGUCCCCAUCCACAAACACGGACUACGGCAGGGCGACAGGCACCCGGAUUCGGCCCCCACGGAGAACAAUGCAAAGUCCUAUGCAAGACAGAUUGAAAUACUCUGGGAAUGAAGAGGAGCUGCGACACAGCAUGCCUAACCUGGCCAGAACAGGUCUGCGUUCCUUGGAGUCUGUAAGGAACAGCCGCAGCUUGGAGUCAGAUCUCCAGGUUCCUGGUAACCGUCUCUCCAGAAUCCAGCAACCAUCAGGCAGUCUGGCACCAAGCAAGCUCCGCUAUUCCUCCGGCGCUGGGCAGUCUCCUUUAACCGUCCGACAGCCAAUGAAAGCAGGCUCCUGUGCAAACACUCUCCUACCCCCACGACAGCCUGUUAGAGCCACUGGUUAUGCUGGUCCUACUGGAAGAGUUCGAAAGCUGCCAUCUUCCACGCUCAGCCCAGCUUCUGCAGGCAGUAACAGUUCUGUAGCUAGAAGCAGUUGUGUAACCACUGGAGCAAAGAAUUCCCUGGCUAAAAACCGAACAUCUGUAGGGGGAGCAACUGCUCCAAAGGGCAAGUUGAGCCAGCCAGCCAAGAGCAGAUUUCCAAAAGCCGCUGUUUCUAUCGAUGACUCUUGGAAGGAUGGGUGUUACUGAGCCAAUGUGAAGAAAUGCUGAAAAACAGCCAGAUAUUGAUGAUUAUGAGGUAGGUGGACUAAAGCCCAGCUGGCUGGGCAGAAGAAGGUCGUGGAAGCUCACUUCCCAUUGCUACCGGACUUGACCAACUUGGACAAUCUUUACUUGAACUGAGACCUCCUCUUGCCUUUGCUUUGACUUGAUGGUGGAAACUGACUGCCUUUUUGUUCCUGCUGUUAUGUUCUUGCUGCUGAGCCCAGAUAACUAUCUGAUAGUAGCACCCGUAUUUGGAAUAUAUAUAUAUAUAUGGCGGCCUGGUGUCUACACUUGAACUUCCCCCCCUGUGCUCACAGAAGAAAGUAGUGUGGGUUGAAGUUCUUGUACUACUAGCAAGAAGCUUUGAUUCCUUGGCACUUUUGAGGGGCAUUAGAAAAAUAAUGAAAAUUUGAAAAUGUCACCUGGAGCAUCAAUUUCCCUUCCCCCCGGGGACUGAGAGGUUUUUUAAAAACUUGUUCUAUAUUAGGUAUUUCCUCACUACUUUUAUUAUUGUAGAGGCUGAAGCAGGUUUUUAUAUCUAUUGGUAAUACAAAAUUUGUAUCUCCUGUCACAAGAGAGUGUCUCAGCUCACAAACCAGCACCACCACCAGUUAAGACUUUUGUGCUGUCAUGUGUGCGGGAUUGCUGUGAAGUCGUUUUGUACCUGACUUGCUCUCUUUUGAACUGGGUGUAGGCGAUGGUGCUGCUUCCAAAAAACCCCCCCAAACCCUGACCACAAAUCAGGUAUUUCUCUCUGGUUACCCUCACCCCAAUCCCAAAUGCUAAAAUGUUCUGUUCUGCUUUUGUAUAACUUUUCUACUGUGAUUUUUUUUUUAAGUGAAGGAACUGGGUUUUUAAACUAAAUCAGUGGCCGCUGAAGCUUAUUGACUGCAAGAACACAAUCAUAACUGAGAAUGCAAACUGGCCUGCCAGCCCUAUUUUCUGCCACCAAUGUGACUUGAUAUUGUAGUUAAUAAAUGUGAAGGAGCUAGUAAUACCUUGCCUUUAGUAGCAAA